GACCAUGCAGCUUGGCUGCAUGACCUUCCUGACCAAUAUUUGGCUGAUGCCAUGUCCACUGCAAAGAAAACACCCACAGCCCAAGGUUUGAAGAACUACAAGUUACCUAAUGGUCGCAUUGCCCACUGGGAAGUUGACCACAGCCAUUCACACCUUAUUCUCAAGCCUUCUGUGAGCAAUGAUGAGAAUUUGAUUGCUGGAUCACCAGCAAAGAAGGCUCCUAUGGGUGACUUGAAAGCCUUAAAUGAGGAACUGGUUGAGAAACCAAACAAAUUGUAG